UUUUACCUCAUCGAUAACUCGACAAUAAAACCCAAGGAAUCAAGUACAGCCUAAAGUACAUUAUUCCAAAUUGCUUUCAAAGUGAUCUGUAACGUGAUCUGUAGCAUUCUGCUGCUUCAGUGGUCGAAGUGGUCAUCGACAACGAAGAACCGCCUUGAUGCUAUUUAGAUCUAGCAUAAAACAAAUACCGAAUUGUUUCCAUAAAAUCAUCCAAGAAAGCUGAGAAACAACCAUUAGAAAGGAUGCCAACACAACAUUCAUGAAUGCAAUAAAUUGUCAGCCUCUCGUGUUGGUGACUCUUUCUUUGUUGCUGUCAGGUGCUCUCCCAUUUCCCUCCUCCACUUUCUCUCCCUCUUCUUUUCCUCAACCUCCAUCAUCUCCAAGUCGCUCAACCAUUCGUUUUGUGCUUAUUAUUAGUGCUUUUGUCCAUUUCUAUUCACCCAGGCUAAGAUCCCAGCCUCAUCCAACACCAACGCACUGCGACAAUUGGACGGAAUACGAGCUUCAUCGCCUUCUUUGUCUGCAUCCUCGAGCCUCUCCGCGAUGGCCUUCCCUACACCCAUCCCUUCUGCAUCCAAUCAUGAUUCGUGGGCUGAAGACCAAGAGACGAAGACGACAGCGAGGAAGAAGCAAACACGGCAUAAUUAAGGCCGUGACUUCGAUCCUCAAUCACAGGUCAUUUUCCACGCCCCGUUGCCCAUCCCAGCUGCGGCUCUGACUUGACAAGAUGAUGACAUUUCUGCCUUGCUCUUAGAAUUUUGAAUCGAUUGUCGAAUCUCCUGCUCGUCUUAAUCAAAC